AUGAGUACAUCAAGAUCGCUUUACCAGGCGAUAGGUAUGCUAAAAGGAGCAGGAUCGGUUGUCAAGGAGUCAUGGAGAAUUAUCCAGACAGAAACUACAACCUUGCGUGAUCUUGCCGGAAAAGAUGCGUUAUAUGAAAAUGUGAAGGCUCAAUCUGAGAUGGCGAAAGCUAAUUUUGAUUAUGAAGCUGCUGAUUUAUCGAAUGGAAAUAGUCAGGUGAUAGCUGAUGGAGAGGUUGAUAUCUUCCAUCCUAGUUCUAGUACAAGACCUGGUUCGCCUAAAUUUGAUUCAUCAGUUAAAGAACCUACUGUUAAAAGGCAAUUUUCAACAUUGUCUUUUUUGUUGAACAAGAAUGAUACAAAGUUUGGCCCAAAAGAGGGUAAGGUAAUUGGAGAAGCAGAUAAACCAAAAGUUACACUGUCACAGUCUCCUGUUCCAAGCGGAAAGUUACAGCGAUUGUUUCACUACGGCAGUUUGGCGGCAAGUGUCGGAUUGAAUAUUGUGAAGGAAGGUGCGAAAAAGUACGCUGAAGGGGAAAGACCAAGUUUAAGCAAGCUGAUCAUGUCACCGAGAAAUGUCGAUCGAAUGGCAAGGAAAUUAAGUAGAAUGAGAGGUGCAGCAUUGAAAAUUGGACAAAUGCUUUCCUUUCAGGAUAGCGCAGUUCUUCCGAAAGAAGUUGCACAAAUAUUAAUGAAAGUUCAGAAUAAUGCUCAGUACAUGCCUGAAGCACAACUUGAGAAAACUAUUUCAUUCGAACUUGGUACUGGGUGGAGACAGAGGCUCUUUGCGUCUUUUGAUGAUGUUCCUAUUGCUGCGGCGUCAAUAGGUCAGGUUCAUCGGGCUGUUACGAGAAAAGGAUUGGAGGAAGUUGUUGUAAAGGUUCAAUAUCCAGGAGUGGCCGACUCUAUAGAUUCAGAUUUGGAUACCAUUCUUAUGUUGCUCACUGCUUCCAGAAUGCUUCCACCGGGCCUUUUUUUAAAACAAAGUGUUGCUGAUGCAAGAAUUGAAUUAAAAUGGGAGUGUGACUAUAUCAGAGAGGCUAGGAACAUUGAAAGAUUUCAGGCUUUUCUCGAGGAUGAUAAUGCUUUUGUUGUUCCAAAAGUUUUUCACGAAUUGAGCGAUGAGCAUGUUCUUACUAUGCAAAUGAUGAAGGGAACUGAGAUUGUAAAGGGUGAGUUUGAUCAGGCUACAAAAAAUUGGAUAUGUGAGAAUAUCAUGAGACUUUGUUUGAAUGAGAUUUAUAAUUUUAAGUUCAUGCAAACGGAUCCGAAUUGGGCAAACUUCCUCUACAAUGCGGAAACACAUAAAAUCGAGCUUUUAGAUUUUGGUGCUUGCAGAGACUUCCCUGGCAAAUUCGUUAAAAAUUAUGCUAACUGUCUAAGAGCUGCAGUUAGACAGGACAGAAAAAAGGCUGAAGAAUACAGCUUAAAAUUAGGAUAUCUGACAGGUUUGGAAUCACCGGAAAUGACUGCCGCUCAUAUUGAUUCGAUGAUGGCUUUAGGGGAGCCGUUUUGCCCCUCUAAAAAUGAAGGUCACUGCUUUAAUUUCAGUCAUCAAACUGUUACCGAUAGAGUUAGGGGUAAAAUAGGUCUCAUGCUUAAUGAGAGACUUACGCCUCCACCUGAGGAGACAUACAGCCUUCAUAGAAAACUUAGUGGUGCCUAUCUUUUAUGUGCACGGAUGAAUGCUUCUAUUCCUUGUGAGAAAUUAUUUGAGGAUAUCAUAGGGUUAGAGUACGAAAAAUAA